GAUGCUCAGCAAAUUGACAUUAAAACUACUUUCCUUUAUAAACUCCUACCUAAAGAUGAAACUCAGUACAUGGAACAGCUGAAAGACUUUGAAGAACCCAGUAAAAAAGACUGGGUUUGGAAGCUCCAGCAUGGACUGUAUAGCAUGAAGUAG